GCUCGUAACAUCGAAUUGAAGAUUCAUAAUUUCGUUGAAGAAGCGGAGUCUCGUGGUGGUGUGCCGGUCGAAGGAAUGCUCUCUCGUGAUACCAAGCAGGAGAGGGAUUUGUGGAAGAUUCGUGAGAACAUACCAGUGGCAUUGAACAGGGAAGGUGUUCUUCAUAAAUAUGAUGUGUCUCUGCCAGUGAGUGCGAUGGACGACUUGGUUCGACAUGUACGGAGGGAGUUCCAUCGUAGAGGAGAGAUUCGCCGUGUUGUCGGUUAUGGACAUGUUGGCGACGGCAAUCUCCAUCUUAAUGUUGUAUCUGAUCCAACUAUGAAUUAUUCAACCCCGAUUCACAAGGAGCUGGACGCUGAGGUUUACGAGUACACCAAAGAUAUGCGAGGAAGCAUUGCUGGCGAACACGGAUUAGGUACUCUGAAGAAAGAUAAGAUAUUCUACAGUAAACCAGUGCUUGCGGUUGAGUAUAUGAAGGAGAUGAAGACUCUCUUUGAUCCUCGUGGGAUCCUCAACCCUGGCAAGGUCCUUCCCCAUACGAUACCUCCUGAAUCAGAGUUGCCCUAA